CUGGAUGUCGGAUAGCACUGGCCGUAGUAACCGCUUGUUUGGUGUGUAGACCUAAACGGUGUGCAAAUAGCGACUUCUUAAUGGCGGCCGUGAAUGUAUUGAAUAAGAUCUAAUGGCAAAACAAUGGCCUCAUAUAGAGAAUUAUUAAAUAAGAAGGAAGCCCAGAACUGGGUAAAGGCUGCCUUCGCCCUCAACAUCACCAAGGACGGAUUACAAGAUUUUCUGGAGGAUGUACUGACAUGCGUUCACCAGGACAUCUAUAGCGCCGUUAGAACAUCCAAGGGUCUUCCAUCCGGGGCAGCAUGUGCACAUUGUUUCACAGAAAACGUGUUGAUGUGCCCAACUCGUGGGAUAUGCACCAGUACUAGACUCUGUAGAUUUCAUAACUGUCCUCAAAAACUGUAUGCUCCUUGUCCAAAUGGGAUUUGUGAAGGCGUCCGUGAUGAAAUAAUCAAACAUCACAGGUUUUCGGGACCAUCAUGGAAGAAUACGAAUGCCGACAAAUGGAGCACCAUUCCCUGGGAGAUAGGCAAGUGUUUCCUGCCUCCUGAUGGCUACAAGACCGUGUCCUCCAUCAAAGACAGUGACUUUAACGGAAUGAUCAGCGUCAUGAUAAAUUGCGAGGAUUUCAAAACCAAACUGUCGUUUAACGUUGCGACACAGCAAAAUUUAUUAACAGAGGUUCGGGACAUUGGUCGACGCGUACGCCAUUCCCAUGACCAGAGGGUCAAGGACACAGAACUAGUGGACUUCCUGUUCAAGCUACGCAUCCUGCUGGAGGAUAAGACUGAACUAGCAAACCGACCCGAGGCACAGCAUGCUGUGGAACAGCUUAAGAAGCUGCAAACAGACGAUUUCAAGAUCAGUGCUGAGAACGAAGGGGAGAUAUUGAAGGAAGGAUUACGACUACGUUUGGCAAACCAUUACCGAACCACUUUGGCCGACAUGCCGAUAUCUCCCAUUCUCGGAGAAAAGAACGCCAAACUCAGGAAAUUCUACGUGGCACCGAAAAUUGUGGAGAAAGAUCAUCGAAAAAUCGGCAAAAUUGACAACCAAGAAAGCGGUCAAAAAAUUGCAAAAUUUUCAGAUGUUUUCAAAAAAGAAGAUCAGUUGCUCAGAAAUGUUUUCCUUGUUGGAGAACCGGGCAAUGGCAAAUCUACAUUCUCCGUAAUGUGUGCCCUGGAUUGGACUCACCAAUAUUUACCAGCGGAGGAAAACGUCGGUAUUAAAACAAGCUUUGCCGACCCAGAAUUCUUCAAAGAGUUUGCAUUUUUGUUCCAUGUCACCCUACGAGAUUCAUGUAAAACGUGUGAUCUAGCACAAAUGAUCAAGGAUCAACUUAUACUUAAAAUCUACCACGAGAAGGAUGCCAAAGAUGGUUACCGGCUAUUGCAGACGGUGCUGGAAAGUGAGAAAUGUUUAAUCAUAGCUGAUGGCCUCGACGAAUGGACCCAUCCGGAAAACGUAAACUGUACCUGCAAAACUGAGGAAAAAGUCACCCCUUUCCGAAAUUCGGCCAACAAGGCCACAGUCCUCACGACAACGCGUCCCUGGCGAAUGUCACAGUUUAGAGUGCAGGAUUCAAAGAUCGACAAAUAUCUUGAAAUAGAAGGAGCAGCAGACACAAGGCAACUCGUGGAAAAUAUCAUCAACAUUCUUAAUGAGGGAAAUAAGGAUGAACGGACACCAAAUAAGGAUGAACGGACACCAAAUAAGGAUGAACGGACACCAAAUAAGGAUGAACGGACACCAGAGGAUUUCAUGAAAAUGGUGUCAGCGAAGAAUCUUGAAGGAUUAUUGUCAGCACCUAUCAGUAUCACCCAGCUCGUGUGCCUGUGGUUCGAGGGCAAAUCGUUAACCGAUUCAAAAUGUGACAUUUAUGCUGGCGUGAUAAACAUGCUAUCAUGUAGACUUAGUGAUAUGCAAAGCGGGAAUAAAAUUCCGAAAAUUGAACUGCCAUCUGUAUUAAAGGAACACGAAUGCUUCGUGCAAAAUCCCACGGUUUACCUCGCGCUGGCAGAGUUAGCAUACAAAACGUUGUUUUCAGAGUGCAGAGAUUCGUCUGUUGUUUUCAGCAACAAAACAGUCCACGCUUUGUUAAAAAAGGAACAGGUUGAAUUUGCAUUGAAGUCAGGCUUACUCACGGAGAAGAAAUCCAACUCAUUAAUCAAGAAAUCAUCUCACUUUUCAUUCUUUCAUAAAACACUUCAAGAGUUUUUAGCGGCUCUUCAUUUAUGUUUGAAUGAAAACGACUACAGUCAGCUAUCAAGCAAGUACGAACAAGAUAAUAAGGAAAAUAUCUUGGGAGAUGUUUCUCAGACAUUUAUUUUCAUAUGUGGAAUGAAGCCCGAGCUCGGUGUACAAAUGUCUUCAUGGAUCAAUAGUUUUAUACCACCAUGCCAACCAUCAAUCUACCCUAGAGAGGUUGAACUACUUCAGCGCCUGAUUCUCUCCGGGAACCGUGAAGCCAAGGCGAACAACUAUGGUGACAUACCGCUCUAUCUCGCACACUUCUGGAUUUAUAGUAACGAGGAUGUCGUAGUGUUAAAAAAGCUGAUGAUGAUAAACAAGGAACGUAUUCAGUCACUAUACAUCAAUGGAUGCAAUGAUCAAAUUAAUGGGGAAGAGCUGCAGGAGGUGAUCACAUCCUCCUCCGACUCCCUCAUAGCAGUGAGACUGUGUGACCGUGAUGGGCAGUAUGACCUGUCCCAGUGUCACAGGCUGGAAUAUCUGGAUAUAGAGGGAGACAUUACAACACGUGUGCAGGUUGAUCCAACACAUAUUACAACAUGUGACUUAGGUAGAGUAUCAUCGAAUGUUGAAAUGUACAUAUUCAGAUUAUUUAAACACGAUCAAAGGUGGAGUAAACUACAACGUGUUGAGUUAUCUAGCGUUAAGAAUGUCCAGUUACUUGUGGAUACACUACCAAGUCUCCCUCCGUUACAACGCCUUGUCAUAGGGAGUACAGAUCUAGGUGAGCUCCACCUCCUCCCUCCAGCCUCCAUCACCGAUAUUACACUUAGGCGUGUGACAAUGACAGCGGAGGCGGUGCGGAGUCUGAUAGAGACGAUGAAGAACUUACCACACACCAUUACAUGCGACAUGUGGGUCUGCACGGUGAAACCUGCCAGUGAGAGGAAAGACAUCCGAGAACAUAUGAACAGUUUGCCGUCAUUCAAGGUUCUCGAGUUUGACGAUAGGUGGCUUAAUUUCAGCUUCACCAAAAUGUGAACAAUAAGUUGAAUGUUAGCAUCGAUUAUGGAAUUCAUAUUUGAUGAAAAACAGUGAAACAAUCAAUGGGGAAGUGUCAUUCUAUUUAUAGAAAUAUAUGUUACUUUUCCCGGAACUAAUUAUUAUCAACCACUUUCUAUGUGUAUUCAGUUAAUUUGAUUUAUGUUGUGUAUUUGCAUGCAUCCUAAAAUAGAUUUAACUGUACACAGCAAUGUCGUUGUGGCUGGUGUUAUUAAAUAUAUCGAACUUGGAUGAAAACUUUCUUUUUUGAUUAUAACACAACAGUCCGUAAUCAACACGUGCAAUAGUCGGUUUAACUUGAUCGACUUUUUAAAAAAAGAA